AUGGAGACAGCCACCACACUGGAGGUGGCCUCAGGCUCCCAGCGGCAGGUGGAAGCAGCUGCUGGCCCAGCGGAUGCUGAAGGAACCCAGGUCUCACAUCUGCAGGAGGCAGCCAGCCCCUCUCGGCAGCUCCUGCCCUCUAUUGAAGAGCACCCCAAGAUCUGGCUACCUCGGGCCCUGAGACAGACUUACAUCCGGAAGGUUGGGGACACAGUGAACCUACUAAUCCCAUUCCAGGGCAAACCCAAACCUCACACCACCUGGACUCACAAUGGCUCUGCCCUGGACAACAGUCGUGUGAGUGUGCGGAGUGGGGAGCAGGACUCCAUUCUUUUCAUCAGAGAAGCCCAGCGUGCUGAUUCAGGAUGCUACCAACUCUCUGUGCAGCUUGGUGAGCUGCAGGCCACUGCCACCAUCAAUAUCCUGGUGAUUGAGAAGCCAGGCCCUCCUCAGAGUAUUAAGUUGGUGGAUGUUUGGGGCUCCAAUGCUACUCUGGAAUGGACACCUCCACAAGAUACGGGCAAUACAGAACUCCUGGGAUACACGGUGCAGAAGGCUGACAAGAAGUCUGGGCUGUGGUUCACGGUCCUGGAGCGUUACCACCGCACCAGCUGCGUCGUCUCCAACCUCAUCGUUGGCAACUCCUAUGCCUUUCGCGUCUUUGCGGAGAACCAGUGUGGGCUCAGCGAAACGGCUCCUAUCACAGCUCACCUUGCCCACAUCCAGAAAGCAGCUCCUGUUUACAAGACCAAAGGGUUUGCCCAGCGGGACCUCUCGGAAGCCCCCACGUUCACCCAGCCUCUGGCAGACUGCACCACCAUCACUGGCUACGACACCCAGCUCUUCUGCUCUGUGCGCGCUUCUCCCAAGCCCAAGAUCAUCUGGCUAAAGAACAAGAUGGACCUCCAAGGCAACCCCAAGUACAGAGCCCUCAGUCAGCUGGGUAUCUGCUCCCUGGAGAUCCGCAAGCCUAGUCCCUUUGAUGGCGGCAUCUACACCUGCAAGGCCAUCAAUGCCCUGGGGGAGGCGUCCGUGGACUGUCGGGUGGACGUCAAAGCUGGUGCUCAGGAGCUAAGCAUGGUGGGCAAUGAAUUUAUAGCACUGGACCCAGGGACCAUGAAGAGAGAUGGUCUCAGCGCAUCCCGGAUGCGCUCUGCUUGUCUGCUCGGUGGUAGAGCACCGAACUUCAGCAGCUGGUUCCCUUCAGCAUUAAGGCCCUGCUCUAGUGAGCAUCUUCCUGAGAGGCCAGGGAGAAGUCUGUCCUGUCAAUCUAAGACCACACCGCGGAUGGGUGACCGUGAGAGUCAGCCCUGGCGAGUGUCAGCAGAAGGACAGGGCUCUCAUCAGCUCAUGAGACCAACCCUACUGUUGCCUGAAGCUGCCUUCUGUCCCUCUGGUGCCCUGGGUUCCCAAGAACCUUAG